AUGCGGGAUGAUACCUGUGGCAAGUCGGUUCUCUUCAGUCAAGCCGAAGCCAUCGUGAUGGGAGUCUAUAUUGGAUUGCAGUAUACGAAGACUGGGGCUGCCCAAUUACUCUCUGGCUUCCAGGACCACCAGAAUAUGCUAGACAAAUAUGUUGCAUCGCAUCUCGCUCUGGAGGUCUGUGGUGAGAAGUCAGUUGGGCCUGAGGUUAUUGGGCUUUUAGUCGACACCACAGGCAAAACAGAUGCCAGGCACGGAGCGACCGACGAACUGGACGGCAUUAAAAAACCAAUGACUUCUGCACAGCAGAUCCGGCAGACACAGGAGCCCCCAGGACGGCUCAACCCAACAGUAAUGGCUGCAUUUCCAAUUGCGGCACCAACAUCAUUAAUAAUGAUGCCACCUUGGCUGAGUUCAGACGCUUUGGGUACUACGAACCCUUCAAUUGGGACCGCCCGUGUCUGCAUAUGUCAGUAUGAGAAUCCUCCGCUAUGCCAAUUCCGACGAUAUGAGGGUGAGAAUAAUCAUCUUGCUAACCAAGUUUGCCAGCCGUCAGACAUCGACAAAGAUAUUUACACCCACAUCUACGCAUUCGCGAGUAAUACAUCAGACUCCGCUGUAAACAUCAGCGAAUACACGGACGUCUUCGACCAAUUUGACCAGUUGACCGGCACCGAGCCGGUAGCGACGAGCUAUGACCCCUACUGCGCGCAGAUUUACGCUGUGGACACUCUGGGCAGCGAGCUCGCGGUGGCGCGAGUCAACUACACCGCAGUGGACACGGAUUACGAUGAUUACUUUGGUUACUACGUGGACUACACGAUGGAGAUGGUUCCCUCGGUGCUGAACUCAUACAUGAAUGACGUCAACGGGCCGGGAGACCAGUACUUCGACUGUACUUGGAACCGUGACGGGGUAAACACGACGAGGAAGACUUGCCCGUUCCCGGACAUCGAGCUGGGCGAGGGCUCAUAUAAGCUGCUCGAAGAGGGCUGCCAGCUGGGCAUCCGCACCUGGUAUGGGUUCCCACGGGCGGCCAGCAACAUCGUCGUCUCCAACCCCAAGGAUGUGGUCACUGCUGCCGGUGCCAAUAUGACCAAGCUCAUGGACCAGAUCCAGGAGACCUCGGUCGAUCUCUUGCUGGCUCAGUGGGACGGGUCGGCGCUGGGCGCCGCCCAGGUGCUUGCCAUGCCCGUCGCCCUUGUCUAG